UGAUGCCGGUGGUGUAGUUUGGAUAAAAUAAUGUGGCCUGGUGGGCCUGGUGGGCCUGGAGGACCUGGAGGGCCUGGUGGAGCACCAGGUCCAGGUGCUGGGCCUGGACCUGGAUUUGGACCUGGGCCAGGGGGACCUGGAUUUGGACCUGGGCCUGGACCCGGAUUUGGUUGGGCUCCGUUGCCUGGAGGACCUUCAGGACCUGGGCCUGGGCCUGGACCAGGUUGGGGACCCUUUUGGGGUGGUGGAUUUUGUGAUCCCUUUGCAUCUUGCUUUUACUUCCUGUGUUGCUGUUGUUUAAUUCAAGACUGUUUCGGGCCUAUGUUUGGGUUUGCACCUGGCCCUCUAGGCCCAUCAGGCCCACCAGGUCCUCCGGGCCCCUUCUGAUAUUACUGUGAUUUAUUAUGUGCCAAAAUAAUUAACAAACCUGAAUGAGUUACUGAGUGAGUCUCUGUGAUAUCAAUGGAUCAAUGAUUUGUGUUUAAACAUUUGCACUCUUUCUUAUCCUUAUGUUGUGCCUAUUUUAUAAUCAAAUUUUAUUUGCAAUUCUA